GUCUAAAUUAGUCUAAGAUCCUUCUCAUCUAAGUCUGAGGGUUUACGAGAUAAAAUCUUCUCCGAAUUAGUCUGAAUUAGUCUAGAAUUAGUCUAAAAUCUUUUACCAAGCAUAUUUUGAAUCUUCCUUUGCGCGUCGAAAUUCUCACCACACCAUCGAUCAAAGUCUGCUUUACGACAUCAGCAAAUGAGUUCCGUCGCACAUUCCUUCAACUCCGACUAGAUCUUCACGAAUUGGAUUCAUUUGCAGAGGUUUAAUCAUGGCUAGGGCUCAGGACAAUUGGGAGAGGCUGGUUCGCGCCGCGCUCCGGAGCGACCAGCGGGCCGGCCACGAGCGGACACCCAGCGGAAUCGCCGGCGCCGUACCUGACUCACUUCAAAGGAGCACCAACAUCAAUGCGAUUUUGCAGGCUGCCGAUGAAAUUCAGUCGGAGGACCCCAAUGUUGCCAGAAUAUUAUGUGAGCAGGCAUAUAGCAUGGCUCAAAAUCUGGACCCGAGCAGUGAUGGUAGAGGAGUUCUUCAGUUUAAAACUGGUUUAAUGUCUGUAAUUAAGCAAAAACUUGCUAAAAAGGGCGGGGCCCCAAUAGAUCGUAAUCGUGAUAUUGAGCUUUUAUGGGAUUUUUAUAAUCGAUUCAAAAAGCGGCACAGAGUGGAUGACAUUGAGAGAGAGGAACAGAAAUGGCGGGAAUCUGGCACUUUUAGUGCUAAUAUUGGGGACUUGGACUUUAGAUCCUCAAAAAUGAAAAAGGUGUUUGCUACGCUGAGGGCUUUGGUUGAGGUAAUGGAGUCCCUUAGUAAAGAUGUAGUACCAGAAGGAGUGGGAAGGCUUAUUUUGGAUGAGUUAAAAAGGAUUAAAAAGUCAGGUGCAGCUAUUUCGGGUGAACUCAGCCCAUACAACAUUGUCCCUCUUGAAGGACCAUCUUUAACCAAUGCUAUUGGGUACUUUCCUGAAGUAAGAGGUGCAAUAUCAGCAAUAAGACGUACUGACCAUUCUCCUCGGCUUCCACCUGAUUUUGCAAUUUCUGGACAACGCGAUCUGGAUAUGUUUGACCUCUUGGAAUAUGUGUUUGGCUUCCAGAAAGACAAUAUAAGGAAUCAACGUGAGCAUAUGGUCCUUACUUUAGCCAACUCACAGUCGCGACUUGGAAUCCCAGUUGAAGCUGAUCCAAAACUUGAUGAAAGAGCUAUAAGAGAGGUCUUCUUGAAGGUCCUCGAUAAUUACAUCAAAUGGUGUAAAUAUUUGCGGAUACGUCUUGUAUGGAACAGCUUGGAAGCCAUUAACAGGGAGAGGAAGCUUUUCCUAGUUUCACUGUAUUUCUGUAUAUGGGGCGAAGCUGCGAACGUCCGUUUUCUUCCUGAAUGCAUCUGCUACAUUUUUCACCAUAUGGCAAGGGAGUUAGAUGCAAUUCUGGAUCAUGGGGUGGUGACUCAUGCCCCAAGCUGUACACGCGAAGAUGGUUCAGUGUCCUUCCUAGAUCAAAUCAUAUGUCCAAUAUAUAAUACCAUGAAAAAGGAAACUGACGAGAAUAAUAAUGGGAAAGCUGCGCACUCAAGGUGGCGAAAUUAUGAUGACUUUAACGAGUAUUUCUGGUCCCCUGCUUGCUUUGAGUUGAGUUGGCCUAUGAAGGAUACUUCAUCUUUUUUGUUGAAGCUAAAAAAAGGAAAACGGACAGGUAAAAGUUCAUUUGUUGAACAUCGAACUUUUCUUCACCUGUAUCGGAGUUUCCAUCGUUUGUGGAUCUUUUUGAUUGUAAUGUUUCAGGCUCUUGCUAUUAUUGCUUUCAACGAUGGCAAGCUUAAUCUCAAUACCUUUAAAACAAUACUUAGCAUUGGCCCAACAUUUGCUGUUAUGAAUUUCCUGGAGAGUGCUUUAGACGUUCUACUUAUGUUUGGGGCUUAUACUACUGCCCGUGGCAUGGCUAUCUCAAGGCUUGUUAUCCGGUUCUUUUGGUGCGGCCUGAGCUCCGCAUUUGUGCUCUAUGUCUAUCUGAAACUGUUGGAGGAAAGGGAUAGAAACAACCCAGAUUCAUUCUAUUUUAGGAUUUAUGUCCUAGUAUUGGGUGUAUAUGCUGGUGUGCGUGUACUGUUUGCGCUGCUGCUCAAAUUCCCCUCAUGUCACAGGCUAUCUGAAAUGUCUGAUCAUCCAUUUUUUCAAUUUUUCAAAUGGAUUUAUGAGGAACGCUAUUUUGUUGGUCGUGGACUUGUUGAAAAGACCACUGACUAUAUGAGCUAUGUUUUUUUCUGGCUGGUGAUAUUUGCCUGCAAAUUUACUUUUGCUUACUUUCUACAGAUUAAGCCUCUUGUCAAGCCUACUAAUAUAAUUGUAGAGCUACCGCGGCUUCAGUAUUCGUGGCACGAUUUUAUAUCUAAAAACAAUAAUAAUGUAUUGACUAUUGCUAGCUUGUGGGCACCUGUUAUAGCUAUUUAUCUUAUGGAUAUCCACAUUUGGUAUACUCUACUAUCUGCAAUUUAUGGCGCUGUGAUGGGAGCGAGGGCUCGCUUAGGGGAGAUUCGAUCAAUUGAAAUGGUUCACAAGCGAUUCAAAAGUUUUCCUGGAGCUUUUGUGAAAAAUCUCGUGUCUCCACACAUCAAAAGGAUGCCAUUUGGUGGUGAAUCAUCCCAGCCCCAGAGUUCUUUUGACCACGACAAGACCUAUGCUGCCAUAUUUUCCCCAUUUUGGAAUGAAAUUAUCAAAAGCUUGCGGGAAGAAGAUUAUAUUAGUAAUCGGGAGAUGGACCUACUUUCAAUGCCAAGCAACACUGGAAGUCUGAAACUGGUUCAGUGGCCACUUUUUCUUCUGAGCAGUAAGAUAUUACUAGCCAUUGAUUUAGCUUUGGAUUGCAAAGACACACAAGCUGAUCUCUGGAACAGAAUACGCAAAGAUGAGUACAUGGCGUAUGCAGUUCAGGAGUGCUAUUCAAGUAUCGAAAAAAUUAUGCACUCUUUGGUUGAUGGAGAAGGAAGACUUUGGGUUGAAAGGGUAUUUCGUGAGAUCAAUGGCAGUAUCUCCGAAGGGUCAUUAGUCAUUACUUUAUCACUUAAAAAGCUUCCUGUCGUGCUCUCUAGAUUUACAGCUUUGACUGGGCUACUGACACGCAACCCCACGCCUGAACUUGCAAAAGGUGCAGCUAAAGCUGUGUACGAUUUUUAUGAUGUUGUUACACAUGAAUUACUGUCGCCAGAUUUGAGGGAACAACUUGAUACAUGGCAUAUAUUGCUGACGGCUAGGAAUGAGGGGCGCCUCUUUUCAAGGAUAGAAUGGCCAAAGGAUCCUGAUAUUAAGGAGCAGGUGAAAAGAUUGCACCUACUUCUGACUGUGAAGGACAAUGCAGCCAACAUACCUAAGAAUCUUGAAGCAAGAAGAAGAUUGCAAUUUUUUACUAAUUCAUUGUUUAUGGACAUGCCACAAGCUAAGCCAGUUUUUGAAAUGAUGCCAUUUUGUGUGUUCACACCAUACUACAGUGAAACAGUGCUUUACAGCAACUCUGACUUGCGGGUUGAAAAUGAAGAUGGAAUAUCAAUUCUUUUCUAUCUACAGAAAAUAUUUCCAGAUGAAUGGGAGAACUUUUUGGAACGUAUUGGCAAAGGUGAUAGCGGUGAUGCUGAACUUCAAGAAAGUUCAACUAGUGCUCUGGAACUUCGGUUUUGGGUAUCUUACAGGGGACAGACUUUGGCUAGGACAGUGCGUGGUAUGAUGUACUAUAGAAGGGCUCUGAUGCUACAGUGUUACUUAGAGAGAAGAUCUCUGGAUGAGGAUGUCUCUUCCCAGACAAGUUUCACCAGUCAAGGUUUUGAGUUGUCACGUGAAGCACGUGCUCAAGCUGAUAUAAAGUUCACUUAUGUCGUUUCCUGCCAAAUUUAUGGGCAGCAAAAGCAGCGAAAAGCUCCUGAGGCUGCUGAUAUUGCUUUGCUGCUACAGAGGAAUGAGGCACUUCGUGUUGCUUUUAUACAUGUGGAAGAGAGUAGCAAACCUGAUGGAACAGUUGCAAAGGAAUUUUAUUCAAAGCUUGUUAAAGGUGAUGCACAUGGGAAAGAUCAGGAAAUAUUCUCUGUUAAGCUUCCUGGAGACCCUAAGCUCGGAGAAGGGAAACCUGAAAAUCAGAACCAUGCAAUCAUUUUUACUCGUGGAGACGCUGUUCAAACUAUUGACAUGAAUCAGGACAACUACCUUGAGGAGGCUAUGAAAAUGAGGAAUCUCCUUGAGGAAUUCCGGGGAAAUCAUGGUGUUCGACCUCCCACAAUUCUUGGUGUGAGAGAGCAUGUGUUUACUGGAAGUGUGUCCUCCUUGGCUUGGUUUAUGUCCAACCAAGAGACUAGUUUUGUCACCUUGGGUCAACGUGUUUUGGCAAAACCUCUCAAAGUCCGUAUGCACUAUGGACAUCCAGAUGUUUUUGACCGAAUUUUUCAUGUUACUCGAGGAGGCAUUAGUAAAGCAUCACGAGUUAUCAAUAUUAGUGAAGACAUAUUUGCAGGUUUCAAUUCUACACUAAGACAGGGAAACAUCACCCACCACGAAUAUAUUCAGGUUGGAAAGGGAAGAGAUGUUGGGUUGAACCAAAUAGCUUUGUUUGAAGGCAAAGUUGCUGGAGGGAAUGGAGAACAAGUACUGAGCAGGGAUGUGUACAGGCUUGGGCAACUUUUUGAUUUCUUCAGAAUGCUAUCCUUCUUUUUCACAACUGUUGGUUUCUAUGUCUGCACAAUGAUGACUGUGCUUACUGUAUAUGUAUUCCUGUAUGGAAGAGCAUAUCUGGCAUUUUCUGGACUUGAUGAGGGAAUUUCAAAGCAAGCUGAAUUGUUGGGUAACACAGCUUUAGAUGCUGCUCUGAAUGCUCAGUUUUUGGUCCAAAUUGGUAUUUUCACAGCUGUGCCUAUGAUAAUGGGUUUUAUACUUGAAUUGGGAUUGCUGCAGGCUGUUUUUAGUUUUAUCACAAUGCAGUUUCAGCUGUGCUCUGUCUUCUUUACAUUUUCAUUAGGAACAAGAACUCAUUAUUUUGGGCGCACAAUCCUUCAUGGAGGUGCAAAGUAUCGAGCAACAGGCAGAGGUUUUGUUGUUCGUCACAUCAAGUUUGCAGAAAAUUAUCGACUUUACUCAAGAAGUCAUUUUGUCAAGGCGUUGGAAGUCGCAUUGCUUCUUAUAGUUUACCUUGCGUAUGGUUAUGCGGAGGGUGGUGCUGUUUCCUUUAUUUUAAUAACUCUGAGCAGUUGGUUUCUUGUCAUCUCGUGGCUCUUCGCACCUUAUAUAUUCAAUCCAUCAGGAUUUGAAUGGCAGAAGACUGUAGAAGAUUUUGAUGAUUGGACUAGUUGGCUCAUGUACAAAGGUGGAGUUGGUGUUAAAGGGGAUAAUAGCUGGGAAUCUUGGUGGGAUGAAGAGCAGAUGCAUAUUCAGACCCUACGAGGCCGUAUUCUUGAAACAAUUUUGAGCUUAAGAUUUAUAAUGUUUCAGUAUGGCAUUGUUUAUAAGCUCCAUCUUACUGGCAGCAACACAUCAAUUGCGGUGUAUGGCUUCUCUUGGGUUGUACUGAUUGGGAUAGUUCUGAUCUUUAAGAUAUUCACUUUGAGUCCUAAAAAGUCUACUAAUUUCCAGCUAGUGCUACGGUUCAUGCAAGGAGUGACAGCCAUUGGACUCAUUGUUGCUCUUUGCCUAGUGGUUUUGUUCACAGACCUCUCUGUUCCAGAUUUAUUUGCUAGCAUCCUUGCGUUUAUUCCUACUGGAUGGUGCAUUCUUUGUUUGGCAAUUACAUGGAGGAAGGUAGUGAAGAGUUUAGGGCUUUGGGACUCGGUAAAAGAGUUUGCCAGAAUGUAUGAUGCUGGAAUGGGUAUAAUCAUUUUUGCCCCAAUUGCUAUAUUGUCUUGGUUCCCAUUUAUGUCUACCUUCCAGUCGCGUCUCCUCUUCAACCAAGCUUUCAGUCGAGGACUGGAGAUAUCUCUUAUCCUUGCUGGAAACAAGGCCAACAUCGAGGCUUCUUCUUUUUAACUAGUCGAUCUGUAGAUUUUGGCUUCAAGUAAGUUUUUGCCUUUAAUUUUUGUAUUUGUUGUGUUAACUUUUGUUGUGGAUGAUGUAUGCAUAGCUAUUGUAGAUAUCAUGUCUAAGGGGUUUAUAUACCAAUCAUUCUUUCAUGUUUGUCUCGUAUAUUCGACUCGACUCGACUCGACUCGACUCGACUCGACUCGACUCGACUACUGGUUCAAGGAUUAUCAAAACAGUUUUGUGUUAA